CCCAGGUGUCCUAUCAAACUGGCAACAGGACGCUCAGUGUACAGCACUUGGAAGGAAAAGUGACCUGUCCAGCCUGAUGUAGACAAAAAUACAGACAUUUCCCCCCCUCCCCUUUUUUAAUGAAGCGGUCUAUAAAUGGAAUCGAAGAGGAGGAGAGUAAAGAAAAGGUGGCCUGCGAAUGAAGGGAGGUCUUGUUUUUCGCUGCAUGUUUCCUCGUUGUGCAAGAACUUGGAUUUUUUUUCUUCUUCUUUCUUUCCAGCCCUUGCUUUUCCUGAACUUGUGUCACACUGUAGAUCGGCACGACGGGGAGAAAAAGUGAGGGAAUGAGUGUGGGAACUGCAAGCAGGGAGGAAAGUGCAGCUGGGAAUUUUUGCCUGGAGCAAGACAGACCGGAGGUCGGUGGGGCGAAAAAAGGCAGAGGACGGAUAAGGGCAGGACUGCGAGAGGUAGAAAGUUGACAGAGCAGCGAAGACGAUUUGAAUCAGGGAUGAGAUGAAGCGAGGGAUGGGGGGAGGAAAGAGGAUUCGAUGAGAUGAAGGAGUGAAAGUUGACUUUACUCCACGAGGAGCAGCAGGGAGGGGACAAGAGGAUGACGGAGGGAAGGGGUUUCUUGGCCCCGUGCCUUCUCGGAGAAAAGAAGGGAUAUCAAGGCAAGUCACACACACACACACACACACACACACACACACACACACACACAGUCUACAAAAUCACCUGUAACUCUGUACACUUGGAUUCUCUCAACCGUCCUGCCAGAAAUCUGUGAGGGAGGUAGCCGGUUCGCAUACACACGUGUGAAUGAAAACUGGGCUUGGACAGCUACAGCUGCGCACUAACACACACACACACACACACGCACACUCAUUGCAUCAGAGUGGAUACUCGAGCUGGAUGUGUUUUCUCUCCGAUCUCCUGUGAUAAGAUUAAGUCCUGCUACCAAGGACUUGCUUUUACCCUCUCACUGUUAGAGAGGGAGAGACAAAAGGGGGAGUGUGUGUGUGUGUGUGUGUGUGUGUGUGUGUGUGUGUGUGAGAGAGAGGGUUCUCUAUACCUUCACUGCUCAUACUCAGUCUGAUAACCCAUCAUUUGAUGUUUGUGUACAUACCUGCAGAGACACACCUACAAUAUACACACAAACAAACACACACACACACACACACAAACUCCCUCUGUACUCCCUCCCUCUCUCUCCCUCUCUCUCUCUCUCUCUCUCUCUUUCAUACACACACGCCCUCCCUACUCCCUCUCCCACAUACAAACACACACACACACAUUCUCUCUCGCCCUCUUGUCCUCGGAGCACCGGGUCCCUGGAAGCAGCCGAACUGUCAGUGACUGUUGCUAACACAUGCUCGCUCUCAGCUCGGCUCUUUCUUUGGCUGCUGCCAAGGGAGGAGGAGGAGGAGGAGGAGGAGGAGGAGGAGGAGGAGAAGAAGUGAGGCUGGAGGGAGCGGACUGAAACACGCACAGACUGAAAAGAGAAAGAGAGAGCCUUGGACCAACCCCUGGCUGCCUACAGCACCUCUCGCCUCUGCCUCGCUGUCUGUGUGGGAGACUGCAAGUGAUGCCUCACACACUCUGGAGCAGCGCGUAGUCCAGACUUUCUUCAGGUUUCUCUGCUGCUCUUAGUUUCUCUUCUGUUCCUCCCUCCGUCUCAAUGAUGAGGAGAGACCGUCUCCUCUUGGCCGCGACCCUCACAGCCAUCGUGUCCGCUGACCUCUACUUCAUUCUCCUGCCAAAGUUGUGGAACUUUGGACGAGGAUCAGGUCAGUUUUGCUCAUGUGGUCCAGACAACCUCACCCUCCCCAUGCAGGGGGGUCUCGCCACGCCACGUCUCUCCAACUGGACUUCUGUGUCGCCCCUGGCCGGUACGACAGCUCACCCCGCGGAUGGAGGCUCGAAGCUGGAGAGGCUGUUUGCUCACCCUCUGUACAGCAUCCAGACUCCGGCGCUGGGACCAGAGGAGAGGCUGGUGCAGGCGGAGCAGCUGAUGGAGUACUACAGGAGGAAGGUGUCACGCUGGGAAAGACAUAUGAAACUCUUCAGCGGGGCAGCAGCUCUCUCCAACACAACUCUGAUCGGACAUGAAGUGACCUUUGACCCCGACGCCAGCUGGCUGAAGUUCCACCUGGGAAUUAGUCGCUAUGCUCUGUACUCCCGCGAUGACCCUGCAGUUCCUCAACUGCUCAAGGACAUGGCGAGGAUGAGGGUCGUCAACGCAGAUUACACUCAAGAUGAGAAGGCGCUAAAGGGAACAUGCGAUUGCACCCAAGUGGUGAAGCCCAGUGGACAUCACCUGAAACUGGCUCUGAAAAUGCAUAACUUUGCCAAGGCCAUGUUCAAACCAAUGAGGCAGCAGAGGGAAGAGCAGACUCCAGAGGACUUCUUCUACUUUGUUGACUUCCAGAGGCACAAUGCCGAGAUCGCUGCCUUUCACCUGGACAGGGUCCUGGACUUCCGGAGGGUCCCGCCAGUGGCCGGCAGGCUGGUAAACGUCACGAGUGAAGUUCUCCAGGUCACCUACACUGACGACCUGCGAGCAGUCUUCUUCACCUCGCCGGCGAACAACACGUGUUUCUUUGCCAAGUGCCUGUAUGUGUGCAAGACAGAAUAUGCUGUGUGUGGGAGCCCCGACCUGCUGGAGGGCUCCCUGUCUGCCUACCUGCCUGGCCUCAGCAUUGCUCCCCGCAUCUCCAUCCCCAACCCCUGGAUACGAUCGUACACCUUCUCCGGGCAAGAAGAGUGGGAAGGGAAUCCGUUCUACUGUGACACCAUAAAGCAGCUGUAUCCAUAUAACUCUGGGAACAGGCUCCUCAACAUCAUAGACAUGUCCAUCUUCGACUUCCUCACUGGUAACAUGGACAGGCACCACUAUGAGAUCUUUACCAAGUUUGGGGACGAAGGAUUCCUUCUCCACUUGGACAACGCCAGAGGGUUUGGGAAGCACUCUCACGAUGAGAUGUCCAUCCUGGCCCCACUAACUCAGUGCUGCAUGAUAAAGCACUCCACACUGCUACGUCUCCAGCUCCUGGCCCAGCCGGGGUUCAGGCUCAGCGACGUGAUGAGGGAGUCCCUGGAGGGAGACCCUUUACGGCCGAUUCUGACGGAGCCCCACCUCCUGGCGCUCGACCGCCGGUUGCAGAAGGUCCUCCGAGUGGUCCGGCGGUGCGUCCGGAGACUGGGGGAGAACGGGGUGAUCACCAGGGACUUUGUGAAAUCCACAGAGCGACCUCAGGCUGCCACCGAGGUCAAAAAGAGCACGUAACAGAGGAUGACAGGCUCCUCCUCUCCUUCCAUACCGGCCCCUUUUGUACCACAGAGGACUUCGUGGGCAAGCACAGCCACCUGGUGAGCAAACAAUGCUCAGAUGGCUUUGAUUGAAGGAACAGGCCAUAAAUGGAGGAUGCUGUGAAGACUCAUUGUGGAAGUUCAGACCGUGAAUCACUGCAGGCCUCAAAUUCCUAUCACAGAGUGAGCUGUUCUUUUAUUUAAUAAAUUCCCCCGAGGGCGGCUCUCGCUUUUCAUGUGCACAUGGGUCAGGGUAGUUACAUGAAAAAUUCAGACCUUUUACGGAUCGAUUGAAGACCAACUUGAGCUGGAGAAUUAGCUGGUGGAGUAAAAAGAAAAAAGCAGUAACAGUAUCAGGGAAUACAGAAGUUUUCUUUCAUACAUGAAGCCAUAGGCGCACUCUCACUGUCAUACACAUUAAGAUCAGCAGAGGAGUUUGUGUGAGAGAGCCGUGAUGCACUGGAACAGAUGUUUAUCGAAUUAUCAGUGAAUAUUCUGACUGUGGGAAGAAAGAUUUGUGUGGUGUCAAUGUGAUGUUAUAAUUAAGAAAAUUAAAGUUAUUUUGUGAUGACCAUGUGAAUUUUGUAGAUAAAUGAUCACCUGCGAGUAACAGUUAAGCUGGGUGUGUGUGUGUGUGAGUAAGAGAAGUGCUGCUUAUUAAACAGUCAUUUGGUUUACUCCACCCCAUUUUCCAGACUUGUAAUUCCCCUCUGUCUCAUCAGAGUGUUUGAACAGCUUUACGACAUCACUGUCAACCAAAACAGGCUGAGACGGAGGACUGGCGAAGAUAAAGCAACCAACAAACACGUGUUACAUCGCACCACUUUAGUCAUUCUGAACCAAGCUAACUUUUUUCUGAUAUAAAUGUCUGACUGUGUUUUCCUCUGUGAACCAAACUCGACUAUUUUUAACGAGAUCUUCGGAGUCGGGGAAUCCUGCCAAAUAAAGUCAGACAUGAGCCUGACAAAGCAGGCAGAGGGAGGCUGAUGAGUGUCCAUAUCAUAAAAUGUGCUUUCGAGCAGAUUAAUCCCUUCAUCCUGCAGCGUUUGUACAGUAUAUCUUCAAUAAAACCUAGCAACAGGAAUAAACAUUGUAAAAUCCUGUCAAAGUGGAAGGACGACCGACUGAUUAGGACAUCAAGAAACCAACCCCAAAUUGCUAUGAGCAACAAUGUUGGUGUUUCCCAGAGCCAUGUACAAUUUUUAAUAAAGUUUCAAUCUUUGGCUCAUUGUGAGAUUGUGAUGAUAUUAGAAUAGAGGAAUGACAUAAAUGUUAUAGGCAUAGAUUGAAAAAUAAAUUAAAGUUUUUAUGCAGUAA